UGUAUAGCAGUGGAGACGUGGAAUUCAGUCCAUCGGCAGCCGGGACGUACCUCCAACACAAACACACGGAUCUUAUAAAGUUAUACCGUUAAUUCACGUUAACACUAGUGGUUUAUGCGUGGAAGAGACUGUGUUUGAGUGGUGGAAGCACGAAAAGUGAAGGAUGAAGCUAAAAGAAAUUAACCGAACAGCCAUUCAGGCGUGGAGUCCAGUGCAGCAACACCCUGUAUAUCUGGCAGCAGGUACCUCGGCUCAGCAGCUCGAUGCGACUUUCAGCACCAAUGCAUCACUGGAGAUCUUUGAAUUGGAUCUGGCUGAGCCCACGUUGGCCAUGAAAUCAUGUGGCUCUUUCUCCUCUCCGCACAGAUACCACAAGCUUGUGUGGGGUGCUCAUGGCAUUGAAUCCGAGGGUUUGCCAUCAGGAGUUCUCAUUGCUGGAGGGGAGAAUGGAAACAUUAUCCUCUAUGAUGCCUCUAAAAUCAUUGCUGGUGACAGUGAAGUGAUCAUUUCACAGAGCGAGAAGCACACAGGGCCAGUCAGAGCUCUUGACGUGAACUCAUUUCAGACAAACCUUGUGGCAUCUGGAGGAAAUGAGUCAGAAAUUUACAUUUGGGAUUUGAACAGCUUCAGCUCCCCGAUGACACCAGGACCCAAAACACAGCCUCUAGAGGACAUCAGCUGUGUUGCGUGGAACAGACAGGUGCAGCACAUCUUGGCUUCGGCCAGUCCCAGCGGAAAAGCCUCAGUGUGGGAUCUAAGAAAAAACGACCUAAUCAUCAAAGUCAGCGAUCACAGCAACAGGAUGCAUUGUUCUGGUCUGGCCUGGAACCCAGAGGUGGCCACUCAGUUGGUUCUGGCUUCUGAAGAUGACCGAAUGCCCGUCAUCCAAAUGUGGGACCUGCGCUUUGCCACCUCUCCUCUCAAAGUGCUGGAGAACCACACGAGAGGUGUGCUGGCCAUAGCGUGGAGUGUAGCAGAUCCAGAGCUGCUCUUGAGCUGUGGGAAAGAUAACAGAAUACUGUGCUGGAACCCAAACACGGCUGAGGUCCUGUAUGAGCUGCCCACCAGUGCUCAGUGGUGUUUCGAUAUCCAGUGGUGCCCAAGAAACCCAGCUGUGCUUUCUGCUGCGGCCUUUGAUGGACACAUCAGUAUCUAUUCCAUCAUGGGAGGAAGCAAUGAUAAUGCAAUUAAUGCCCAGGCUGAUCAGUUAAGUAGCUCAUUUGGAAAUAUGGAUCCCUUUGGCACGGGGAAGACACUACCUCCAUUGCAACUGCCUCAACCCACUAACACCCAAAGUACCAUCACACCUCUGAAGAAACCCCCCAAAUGGAUUCGUAGACCAGUCGGAGCAUCUUUUGCUUUUGGUGGAAAACUAGUCACUUUGGACAACAUCAAGUCAACGGCCCAGCAGCCCCAGCAAACUGCCGCCCAUGUUGUUCAUAUUAGUCAGGUUGUGACAGAAACAGAUUUCCUGGAUCGUUCAAACCAACUUCAGACAACCCUCACUGCAGGAAACUUUCUGGAGUACUGCCAGACAAAGAUUGAAGCUGCUCAGAAUGAGUUUGAGAAAACUGUAUGGUCUUUUCUAAAGGUCAACUUUGAAGAUGAUGCACGAGGGAAAUAUUUGGAACUGCUGGGAUACAAGGAGGAGGAAUUAGCCAUAAAGAUUGCAUCAGCAUUAGAAGGAGACUGCAAAUCUGAUAAGGACAAUGUGCAUUCCUCAAACUCUGCUCUGGUAACCAACCAUCACCCCACACCUGCCCCUGUCCUUGGGUCAGACACCAAUCAUAUUGUUAAACCUGAAAUGUUAUCUGAAGCUCAACCAAAACCUGCACCUAUUGCUGUGGUGGCUGCCACUCAGUCUCAACUUGGUUUUGAACCUGAACAUCCUCCAACCCUCGAGCUAAAUCUUCAGUCUGUGAACGAAUCUUUGUUUAAUCCCACACUUGCCCCUAGUGCAGAACCAAAGCUUGAGGUGAAACCUGAGUCAGAACCCUUAGUGGACUUUAUCUCACCAAUUGACCUUACCACCUCCUUUGACCUGACACCUCUAGUUGAUCUCACCUCCUCCUUGGAUAAGACCUCUCCAUUUGGUCUAGCCUUCUCCUUGGACCAGACAUCUCAGGUUGAUCCCACCACCUCCUUUGACCAGACACCUCCAGUUGAUCCCACCACCUCCUUUAACCAGACACCUCCAGUUGAUCCCACCACCUCCUUUGACAGGAAACCUCCAAUUGAUCCCACCUCCUCCUUUGACCAGACACCUUCAGUUGAUCUCACCUGCUUUGACCAGACACCUCUGGUAGAUCCCACCACCUCCUUUGACCAGACACCUCUGGUUGAUAUCACUUACUCCUUGGAACAGACACCUCCAGUUGAUCCCACCACCUCCUUUGACAGGAAACCUCCAAUUGAUCCCACCUCCUCCUUUGACCAGACACCUUCAGUUGAUCUCACCUGCUUUGACCAGACACCUCCGGUAGAUCCCACCACCUCCUUUGACCAGACACCUCUGGUUGAUAUCACUUACUCCUUGGAACAGAAACCUCCAGUUGAUCACACCACCUUCUUUGACCAGAUACCUCCAGUAGAUCUCACUUCCUUGGAUCAGACACCUCAAGUUGAUCCCACUGCCUCUUUUGAGCAGACACCUCCAGUUGAUCCCACCACCUCCUUUGAUCAGACACCUUCAAUUGACUUUGCUUCCUCUCUUAACAUGACACUACAGGUUGAUCUGCCUUCUGGACAGCAGCCUGUACCUCCAACUGAUCACCAACAGUCAGUGUAUGAUCUGGAAAAUUCAAACUUACAGUUACCUACCACUGCAUUGGUGACACAAGAGUCUCUUCCAUCAUUUCCACCACCAGUUCACUUUCAAUAUUCUGUGCUAGCAGAUCAUCAACUAUCUGGAACAGCGUUGACUCCACAAUUUGAUCCUCAUCAGUCUGAUUUAGCUCCUCUACUUGAAUUGGAAGAAUCAGUUCUAGUUCUAAAUUUACCUGCUGAUUUGCAGUAUCCUGUGUCAGUACAAACAUCUUUUGUUGAUCUACAACAACCAGCACUUAAUGCAGUGCAACUAUUUGACCCUCAACCAGUAUCUGGGGCUGCUCUUGCCCCUUCAUCAGACGUCGUACCUCAAGAGGCCAUGUCUAUGAAAGCUUUCCCAAUUGACCCCCAACAACCUGCACAAGAAUCUGACCUGAUUGUACCACAACUUUUUUCUGAGACUGAUCAUGUGAAUGCCGGUGAUUGUCAGCCAAGACCACAGAUCCAAGAGGUUUCUGGUGAUGCUGUCCCAAAAGAAACCAGGGUUAAAAAGGAGACCGCAUUGGAGGAGGUUGAGGAGAAUAGCUCUGCAGAGGAAAAAGCAGAACUGCCUGCAGCAGAGACGUCUGACCUAGACGAGAUUCCUGUUGAUGAUGACGAACCUGUUGUUGAGGAGACGUCCAUCACUGAAGAUUCUCCAGCUCCUGCCUUAGACCAUGUUACAGCCCCAGCCUUCGAUGUUGUUAACCUUAAAGUCAGCCAGGAUAUUGAUGGACUGAUCACUCAAGCACUGCUCACUGGGGAUUAUGAAGCUGCUGUCAAUCUCUGCCUUCAUGACAACCGAAUGGCGGAUGGCAUCAUUCUGGCUAUUGCAGGUGGUCCAGAGCUUCUGGCGAAGACUCAGAAGAAAUACUUCACCAAAACGCAGAGUAAAAUAUCCAAGCUCAUUUGUGCAGUGUUAAUGAAAGACUGGUUGGACAUUUUGGAGACAUGUGACCUUCAGAACUGGAAGGAAGCUUUAGCUGCAGUCAUGACCUAUGCCAAACCAGAGGAGUUCUCCUCUCUCUGCGGUCUGCUGGGCUCCAGGCUGGAAUCUGCUGAAGAUACUGAACUGCAGGCGCAGGCGUGUCUCUGUUACAUCUGCGCAGGCGCAGUAGAGCAGCUGGUCGCAUAUUGGGCUAAAGCUCAGGACUCUAACAGCCCGCUUUUACUGCAGGAGCUGGUGGAGAAGGUAGUGAUCCUGCAGAGAGCUGUCCAGAAGGCUCAGGGUGGUGUUUCUCCUGAUGUGGGCACACUGCUGGCAGAGAAAAUGAAUCAAUAUGCCAGUCUGCUGGCAUCACAGGGCAACUUACAGACUGCCAUAUCAUACCUGCCCAGCAACACUGAACAGGUUGCUGUGCAGCAGUUGCGAGAUCGUCUGCGCAGAGCUUUGGGUCAGGAGCAGUCUGCAGCUGUAAUGCAGAACACACAGCCAGCGAUUCCAGCUGCAGCAUCAGUGCAAACAUACACACCAGUCCAACCUCAACCUUCACAGGUCCCCACACAGCCCACUGCUCCUGCUGUACCUCCUCAGUAUUACCAACAGGGUAGAUCUGCCACUACUGUCACGUCCUGGAGUAACCAAACCCCAACAGCUCUGCCCAGUGUCCCUCGCCCAUUCGUGCCCGCUGCUGACCCGCAGGCCGAGCCAACACCUCCAGCCUUUGGUCUUCAGUCUGCAGUGAAUGCGAGUGUACCUUCCUCUGCUCCAUUCAUGUAUUCCCAGCAGUACCAGAACUACACUCCUGUUCAGCAGUUCACACCAGGCAUCUAUCAACCUGUCCAUUACUCUUCCUCUGCGGCUUCUUGUCUUCCUCCUCCACCUUCCUCCUCUGCCGCUUCCGUCUAUCCUCCACAGUUCAUGCACCCUGCUGUCUCUCAGCCUCCUCCUCAGGGAGGUCAGCCUUUCUCUCCUCCUCAUCUUUCCUCUGGAGUGUCUUUCCAGCAUGGUGGGCCGGGCUCGCCCACAGCCUAUCUUCCUCCUGCAGUGCGCAGAGCUUCAGGUACUGAGAUUGCACCUGCCCUGAUCCCAGCCUCACAGAAAACAGGAGGAUUAAACCAAGACACAGCCUGGUCUUUGGAAGGACCCCAAAACGGAUGGAAUGAUCCCCCCAGUCUUAACAGAGCACCCAAGAAGAAGAAGAUUCCAGAAAACUACACUCCACCAGCCCCCAUCACAGCACCCAUAAUGACGCCUCUAGGGGACCCUCAGGCCCUGGCGGCCCCUGGUACACAGACCCAUCACCCUCAACAGCAGGUCCCAGAUCAGCCUGUGGCCCCCGCCCCCUUUAAUCCCACCCAACAGCAGUCAAUGGGGCCACCAACCCAAAAUCCCCACCUGCCUCAGGUGCAUAUGGAAGGUGCGCCUGGAGCACCAAUUGGAGACCUCAUAAAGCCACUUCAGUCCAUACCCACUGAGAAGAUCACUAAGAAGCCAAUCCCUGAGGAGCACAUGGUUCUGAAGACCACGUUUGAGGGACUGAUCCAGAAGUGCUUGGCUGCAGCCUCAGACCCGCAAACAAAGAGGAAGUUGGAUGAUGCCCAUAAGAGGCUUGAGUUCCUCUAUGAUAAGCUAAGAGAACAAACUCUUUCUCCAGCUAUUGUAGGUGGUCUUCAUAAUAUGGCCCACAGCAUUGAGUGCCGCUCCUACACCGACGGACUCAACAUCCACACACACAUCGUUAGCAACAGCAACUUCAGCGAGACCUCCGCCUUCAUGCCAGUCCUGAAGGUGGUACUAACACAGGCCAGCAAACUGGGGGUUUGAUAUCCUGAAAAGCCUCAAACGCACACACACAAACCAGUAUUCUCACAAAUCCUCAAGCCAUCAUUAAGGACCAGUUGUGCAUAUAUUUUGCCAGUCUUAACAUGUCUGUGAUAUGGCAAUGUUUCGAAUACCAGGGCCAUUUGUUUUUUUAUUGUCUUCUUCAGAUUCUUCAUCAUGUAUUUUUAUGUUGUUAUUAUAUAUUUGUAAUCAUGACAGAGCAGAGUGCAAUAGGGCCCUCCCCAUUUUUAUUUCUGUAUAAAAGAAAUUACUUUUAACGGGAAAUGAACUUCAUAAAAUGAAAUGCAUGUUUCAUGCUUUUAAGUGAAGAGUAGUCUGAGUGAGAUCAUAGUUGCAUUAAGUACACUGUGCAUUAUUCUGUAGAAGUAUUUUAUUUAAUUUUUAAACAUUUUUUUUAAUUAAACAAUCUUUCAUGUUUGAUUUUUAGGAAAACUGGUGUUUACAGUUACGAAAUCAUGUCAUUUCAGUUGUUUAAUUUCUGGAUAUAUUCACUGAUUAUUGAAUGGCAUGACUUCUGCAGAAGCAGGUUUAAUAUGACAAUGUGGUAACAAGCAAAAAAAUAUUUGCAAUAAAUUCUAUUUAUUUGAACAGUUUGAUUCAGUAUUUGGUGCUCAUACAAUUGGAAAUUUAGAAAUAUAUCUUGACUUAUGUUUGUAUGAUGAUAAUGCUGCCUGUCUUUAUUGUAUGUCACUAAAUUUCUAAUUUAGAGUCUUAAAGACAUGCACCAUUUUUUCCUUAGGCUGAUAAUGGUAACAAUACCCUGGUUCUAAUUUUAAGUGGCUAAACAAACCAGAUCUGAUGUGCAGAAUUAUUUUAUAAUACUUUUUCCAAAGGAUAAAACUGAAGCCAGGCUACAAAAAAGGGAAUGUUAUUUUUAUCAUCUCUAGUCAUUUUUGUUUUAUUUCGCUACACAAUCGCAGCCAGCCUUGCAUUCUGUCAUUAAGUCUGUUUUGAGCGAGAUGUUUCGCAUAUGGCUGUACAAAAGUUUUGAGGCUUGCUCUAUCUGUACUGUCUCAGUAAUUGAGGUUGUACUGUACAUUUGAUGACUGUUUUGCAGUUUGAUCUGUUUUAUUAAAAAACAAUUUGUGGCUACUGGU